CGGAAAUAUCAAAGUCGAUAUCGAAGUGCUGUGUCGAGAUGGAUAUAAGAAUGCCCUCCUCGUCGACUGUUGUUUGAAUCAUCCAGCAAUCAUCCAGCCUUCCAAUUAUCAAAACAAUCAAUCCUCUCUACAGAAACCUCAUUCUCUCUAUCAUCUUUUGAUUCUUUGAAUCCAUCCAUCUCAUUCACCAUGUUCGCCAAAUCCCCUCUUGUCCUGCUCACUGCAGCCCUCGCUCUGGUCGGCCAGACUGUUGCCGCUCCUGCGCAAGACACCAACGAGACCGUCUUGGAACUCGUCGGUGAAUACCACAUUGACGAUGCCUACACCGACUCGGCCUUCAUCAAGUGCCUCAAGGCCAAGAACGCCUACGAUGAAGAUGGCUCCAUGGACCAGGACGCUGCUCUCGAGUGCCGCCACGCCUUUGACGAGGAAAACGGCCUCCACGCCCGCACUCUUCCCUCCACCUUCGAGACUCCCGAGCCCCAGACCUGCGGCAAGAACAUCCCCAACAUCUUCGAGGAGGCUGCUCCCUUCCGAGACAUUGUCGACACGGUCUGCGACGACCUGGUCGGCAAGCUGAUGAAGAAGGGCUGGGAGAAGGGCGGCAACGCCAUCCAGCACAAGUUCGGCAACGCCUUCCACAAGAAGAACUCGUGGCUCGACAAGAACAAGGAGGUUCUCCUUGAGGUCGCUCUCUCCAUGAACCCCCAGACCCGUGCUGCCCUGAAGAGCGCCAAGGUUGCCAAAGCCACUCUCGACACUCUCUGCAACGACGGCCUCAAGAAGCUGGGCACCAAGGGCAGUGGCUGCACCGAGGAGCUGGGCUACUACAAGAAGACCCUCGGCGUCCCUGGCGCUGGUAUCCCCUACGACCACGCAACCACCACUGCAGUCAAGAACGGCAUCGUCGACCUCUUCACCAACAACGCCAAGGACUACUUUGGCCAGAUCUCCUUGAACUUCAAGAACGCUUAG